UGUGGUUGAGCGGUGGUUGUGGACAGAUUUCUCAUCGCUCCACCCCACCCCCCCACUCACCCACAGACCAGGAUAACGCAGACAACAACACCAUCUUCGUCCAGGGCAUGGGCGACGAGGUCACCGUGGAGCAGGUGGCGGAGUUCUUCAAGCAGAUCGGCAUCAUCAAGAUCAACAAGCGCACGGGUAGCCCCAUGAUCAACAUCUACACGGACCGUGAGACCGGCAAGCCCAAGGGGGAGGCCACCGUCUCCUUUGACGACCCCCCCUCCGCCAAGGCCGCCAUCGACUGGUUCGACGGCAAGGAGUUCAACGGAGGCAAGAUCAAGGUGUCGUUUGCCACUCGCCGCUCCGACUUUGGCUCCAACUGGCGCGGUAGAGGUCGCGGGGGUGGGGACCGA